AUGGAGAGGUCGCAGCGUGACGUGAGGGGGAAGUGGAAGAGGAAGAGGAAGAGGAGGAGGAGGUGUAAAGGCAAAGGUACCAGCAGCCUGGAGGUGAAGGAGAACCGGGGUGACGGCGCCCAGCUGGACGGCGAGCCGCUGCGGAGGUUCCACCCGUCGGCCUUCAGCGCGGCCCCCCCCAAACGCGGGCCCAGGGCCCCCAAGAGGAGGCGGCCCCACCGGAGCCACCCGACCUGCGAGAGAGCGGAGGCGCUGGUGCAGCUGAGCGGGCUGCGGCCCGGCCCCCGCUGCGAGGCGCCGGCGGAGACGGGCCCUCCGCUCGCCCCGGAGGUCCCCGUGGGGGUUGAGGUCAGCGGCGUCCGCUUCGAGGGCCGCGGCCCCGCCAAGAAGCGGACCAAGAGGAGGGCCGCUGAGCUGGCCCUGCGCUCCUUCAUCCCGCUCCCCGGCGCCGCCGCCCCCUGGCCGGGCCCCCCCGACCCCCAGGAGGAGCUGUUCUCCAGCGCGUACGGCCGCAGGCGAGUCGUCCGCCUGGCGCUGGACGUCUCCCCCGCCGCCCCGCGGCACCUGGGCCCGGCGGCGCUGCUCGGCGAGCUGCGGCCGGGGGUCAGGUACACGUGCCUGACGGAGCGGCUGCACGGCCGGCCGGACAGGAGCUUCGUGGUGGUGGUCCGGGUGGAGGGGAGGGCGUUCGAAGGGUGUGGUCACAGUAAGAGGGCGGCCAAGGCGAGGGCGGCCGGCGCCGCCCUGCGCUCCGUUUACGGCGUCGGCCCGGAACCAGAGACGAAGGUCACGGUAACGCUUCUUCUUCUGCAGUUCUUCGCAGAGUCGAUCUUCCACCUGGUGGAGGAGAAAUACUCGGAGCUGACCCACGGACGCUCCUCCACCUCCUCCUGCAAAGGCCUGGCAGCGGUGGUCAUGACCAGAGGACUCGACCUGAGGUCUUCGCGGGUGGUGUCUCUGGCCACCGGGACCAAGUGUCGGGACCCGGACGGCGUCGGAGACCGCGAGGUCGCGCUCAGCGACUGCCACGGCGAGGUCCUCAGCCGCACGGCGCUGGUCCGCUUCCUGUACGCCCAGCUGGAGACGCUGCUACGGGAGCCGGCAGACUGUCAGGAAGAAUCCAUCUUCGUACCAAAUGAGGGCGGCGGCUUCCGGCUGCGGGACGGCGUCCUCUUCCACAUGUACGCCAGCUCGUCGCCGUGCGGAGACGCUCGACUCCACUGCCCCCACGAGGCCGCACGCGAGGCCUCAGGCACGAACCCAGAGCAUCAGACGAGGUUCCACUGCCACCUCCGGGUGAAGGUGGACGGAGGCGAGGGGACGCUGCCCAUCACGGCCCGAGGAGCCAAUCGGAACCGGGCCGGACCUCUCGCCAUCAUGUCCUGCACCGACAAGAUCGCCAAGUGGAGUGUGGUGGGCCUCCAGGGGGCGCUGCUGUCUCGCCUGGUGGAGCCGGUCUACCUGCACAGCCUGACCGUGGGGACCCUGAGCCACACGGGUCACCUGGGCCGGGCCGUGGCCCGCCGCCUCGCCCCCGUCAGGCGCCUCCCCUUCCCGUACCGCCGGCGGAAGCUGCUGCUCGGAUGUCUGAGCCGCAGCGCGGCCCGGCCGGCGGGCAAGGCGCCCAACGUGAGCGUGAACUGGAGUCGGGGCGACGGAGGCCUGGAGGAGAUCUGCGGCGCCACGGGGCGCAGGAAGGCCGAAGGGACGCCGUCGCGGCUCUGCAGGGGGUCCAUGGCGGCCCGCUGGCAGGCGCUGCAGCUGCAGGUACAGAACCGCCGACACCGACCCAGAAAAGAUCAAACACAUCGGGGAAAACGACCAAAGAUGGCCGCUGGGCGCUACCAGAGGGCGAAGCAGCAGUUCACGGGCGCUCUGCAGGGCGCGGGUCUCGGGACCUGGCCCACAAAACCUCCAGAACCGGGUCACUCCAAAUAGCCGGUGUCUGUUGACAGGCUACAGACUACAAAAGGGUUCGGGUCAAAGGUCACGUGUGUGUGUGUGUUUGUGCGUGGAGGAGCUACAAAGAUCAUCUCACCCUCUUCUUCUUUAUAAAAUAUUUAGGGACAUUUAGGCAAAAGAGAGAAUAGUUAACGUGGAACGUUUGAGUGGAAUAAAAGAACUUAAUAAAGAUAAUACUGGAAUCAC